CAGAGUGGUGCUUAGGGCGGUUUGAUUAUAGCGUAGUAUUAGAUAGCGUUUGACUUUUGUUUUAUCUUUUGUUCUUGUCUAUCUUUCUGUAAUCUUGUUCACAUGGAUAUUAAAAAUAAAAUAAAUGGGUCCCUAGUGACCUUACAAAAAUUUUUUAUAACUACAUUAAUAACAAAAAACUAUGGUUUUCGCUUUUCAUUAAAUUUAUAAUACCCUUCCUUUAUGGAGAAAAUUAAUUCGUUAAUUUGGAAUCGCCGUAAUACCCAUGUUAAAGAUUGGGAACGGGCUUUAUCCAUUACUAAAAACAAAAAAAGAUUCUAUAGACGACAACAUUCGAAUACUGUUGAUGCACCACCAGUUCAAGACAAUUUUACCGAUCCGCAACCACGACGAGUUUAUACACAUCGCCGUAUUGUCUCUUCUCCUUAUUCUCGGGAAGGAGGUUUUUAUAAUGAUCGUGCCCACAUCAAGUAACUUUUUACAUUCAGGACAUUGGACCAGUCAUCGUGAUAAUUUUUGGUUCGAUAAUAUAGAUUUAUUUUCUUUUUUAAAUAAUAAUUUUUUAGGAAAUCUCAUACUAGAUACAGUACAUAGUUUUUUUUUAUGUUCUCAUUUUUUUUAUUUUUUCCCGAUUGGUAGAUGGGUUCUGGGACGAUCUUGGAUCCGACCCGUUCUCAUUCUUUUCUUAAAGGUCAGGAAUCGUCGCCUUUGGGCGGCUUGAUUGUUAGUGAUAGAAUUACUUUCGACUCAUUUGUAUGGUGUCCUUGUAAUUUUUACUUCAAUUUGGUUUUUCUGUAACAUAAAAAUAAAAAUAAAAAAA